UAUUCAGCUUAUUAUUGCUGUUUGAAAUAAAGGAAUGGUGUUUGCAAAGAGGAGAAGCUCCUGACAAAGGAAUGGUGUUUGCAAAGAGGAAAAGCUCCUGACACAGAGUCAGAGUCGGGAAGGUUUCUGUGCACUCAGAAGGAAUGAAAACCUUUCCGCAAUGACGGAAACUAAAGAGCAGCUCUGUCCUUCUCCAGAGCGUUUGUCCUUUACUCCUACAGCACUGGCAGGGAAGGUUUCAAUCACUGCCUUCCUAAGGCAAAGAGGUAGUUGAACUCUAUGCAUCCCACUUGGGACAGUGUAUGUUGGGUCAUAAAGUUCUUAAGGUGCUGGGGAAAGCAAGGAUUCUACACCGGCUUGCUACAGAAGGUGGAUCACUGCGGAACCAUUUGUGGCAAACUCUUUAGCGCUUUGCAGAUCAGGUAUGACAAGGUGCAUUUGAGCUUCUUACUGUUUCUCCAUCGUCUAGCAGAAGAAGCCAAGACAAAUGCUAUUCUGAACAAAAGCAAAAUAAUUAAACCUGAUCACACAAUAGCUGCAGCGAAGGUUAUUUUAAAGAAAAGCAGAGGCUAGAAAGCAGACCACUGGAAUUUCAAAGGAUGUUUUCCUGUGUUUUCAUACUAAAGUGAGAUCCUCAGAGCCAACUUUUGCACUUGUGGAAGUAUUUAGUUUCAUCGACGUCUGUCUCCUUACUGUUACUGUCUCUUACCGUUUCUUGACCCUCAAUUAAGAAUCUCCCCAUGUAUAUUUCAUACACUUCAUGCAUCAUUUAAAAUUAUCUGUCACUUUGUCAUUUAAGACUGUUGAUUACUUUAUUUCUUCCAUAAUAAUGGAGGAAUGUCUAUACCACAGUCACUUUUCAGGUAUGAUGUGCCAUUUAUUAUCAGAAGUGUGAAACUUAAAAGAGAACAGGGGGAGAAAAAAGUGGAUUUAGUAAAAGCCUGCAUUUAUAAAGGAUGCAAUUCAAACCAGAUUUACCAACUUAACAGGAUCUUGACUUGCAAAACAACUGCUGUAGAAACCACUGUAUUAAAUAUCUGAGGUUCCAUUUAUUUAGAAAUGUCUUAAUAUUUUGAAAUAACUUUGAAAAGUAAGUGAAAACUUCUGUGUUCUGGGGAAAGAAUACAUAUUUAGUGUUUCUGAGUCGUGCUCUGAGCUGCUAAGCUGGCCUGUUGUUUGAUGUGGCAUAUGAGACAAGCUGGUGGUCUCUGAUUCAGUUGGUGUGGACAGAUGCACAUUAUGGAAAAGAAAAUGAUCUGGCACAGCUGAUGGGUUUUGAAGUGCGAUCCUAUGCAAACAGUGAAGAUAAGCUGGCAUGAGUGCCAAGCUGCUUCCUCCCACUUGAGUGUCAUCCUAACCUGUCAGAAGUCUGGAAAUCUACAUUCUAUGGAAAUCUCUUCAUUAAAAUAAUAUUCUAGUCAUAAUCUGACGUUUUUAACUGUUGCUGAACACUUUGCUUAAUAAAGACAGAGCUGGCUGUCACAGUUUGAGCUGCUUGUGCUGUUUUGUGGGAUAUGUGGUAGCUGAGCUAUGCUUAAAAUAAAUGUUUUUCAAACCUGA